ACGGUAAAAAGAGGCGGGACUAACCUUUAACCAGGAAGUUGAUAUCUCCGCUCCAUGUUUACACAUGUCGCCAGAUUCACGUGGAGCAUAUUGUUACUGUAAUCAUGUCUUCCAAGAAGAAUAAGAGCAAAUCAAAAAGAGCGAGUGAGGGAGAUAAUUCACUGCUUCAGAAGGAUGAGUCCAGCAGCCUGCAAAUAUCUGGACUUGAUGGAGGAAGCUGCAGAAGUCCCGACUGCAACUCAUUCUCUGUUAUGGAUUUCAUUGAAAAAGCUGAUGAUAAAACUCCUAAAAGCUGCAGACAGACUUUAGCCCAGCUGAGCCUCAGUUCUAUGAAGUCAGCUGGUGUUUGUAUCGGGAGACCGGUCCUGCUGACGAGUCCAUCGGGACAACAAGAGGUGUGUUUGGGUUGGCCUGUUGCAUCGUUUCCAGGUGGAAAAGUUGGCCUUCAGAAAUGCGCUCUGAACAAUCUGAGGGUUAAGCCAGGGGAUGCGGUGAUGCUGCACCCGGUAACGGGUCCUGUGGUCCAGAUUGAGGAGUUGGUUCUCUCUAAUCGGUCAAAAGAUGACACACUUGACGCAGAUGAAUUCAAGAACUUCUUGGUGAGGACUUUAGCUGGGAGCAUCAUCUUGCCGGGGAACGUUGUCUCUUUGAGUUAUUUCGGCCGCGCCUGCAGCCUUCGGGUUGACACCAUAAGAGGAGAAGAUGGUGUCACCCUGCAGAGAGCCCAUCCUCUGGGAGUGGCCCCCGAAACAGAAGAGACGUCUGUGAUGAACUCUACAUCAGCUGACCUCUCCUUGCAGCUCAGCAUGCUCACUGUAGAAGAUGACAUGGCACCAGGCACACCUGGAGAGCCAGGUCCAGCAGCCAGUACCCCGCUCCGCGCUGCUCCACUCUCCUCAGUCUCAUCGCCUGUUGCUCCUCUCACUCCUUCCUCCACCUCCGAUCCUGCAGAAAAUAGCUUCAUUAGCCCAGAGCAGCCUGGAAAUGCACCAACAGCUCCCCCUGGUGGUUUUAGCAGCAGAAACACAUUCUACUCUGUCACAUCUUUCACCAAAGUCCAGUUUAGCAUUAAAAGAGGGAAGAAAGACCUGAAUGAAGAAGCCUCCAAGUCAAAGGUCACGUACAGCAUGAUCGGUGGCCUGAGCAGGCAGCUGGAUGCCAUCAGAGAAACCAUCGAGCUUCCUCUGAAGCGACCCGAGCUGUUUUCCAGCUACGGCAUCCCUCCUCCUCGAGGCGUUCUCCUGUAUGGACCACCAGGCACAGGGAAAACUAUGAUUGCCCGAGCCAUAGCUACUGAGCUAGGAGCGCACAUGGUGGUGAUCAACGGCCCAGAGGUCAUCAGCAAAUUCUACGGUGAAACAGAAGCAAGGUUAAGACAAAUAUUCACAGAGGCGUCUCAGAGGCAGCCCGCCAUCAUCUUCAUAGACGAGCUGGAUGCUUUGUGCCCGAAGCGAGAAGGAGCUCAGAACGAGGUGGAGAAACGAGUCGUCGCUUCUCUCCUGACUCUGAUGGACGGCAUCGGAUCGGAGGGUCACUCAGGCCAGCUGUUGGUCCUGGGGGCCACAAAUCGGCCCCAGGCCCUGGACCCUGCCCUGCGCAGGCCGGGACGCUUUGACAAGGAGUUAGAGGUGGGAGUUCCUGGUAGUGCAGAGCGGGCUGACAUUCUGCAGAAGCAGCUGAGUCUGGUGCCAUGCAGCGCCACAACAGAGGAGCUGACGCAGCUGGCGGACGCCGCUCACGGAUACGUCGGAGCUGAUCUCGCCGCUGUUUGCAAAGAAGCAGGUCUGCGUGCACUGAGGCGAGCUCUGGGAGUUUCCCAGCAGGCAUCUGACCAGCAGCUGAUGGGGACGGUGACGGUGUCCAUGCAGGACCUCCAGUGGGCCAUGACUGUUGUGAAGCCCAGUGCAAUGAGAGAGGUUGCUAUCGACGUUCCGAAGGUGUGCUGGUCAGAUGUUGGUGGGAUGGCAGAGGUAAAGCUGAAACUGAAACAGGCCGUGGAGUGGCCCCUGAGGCACCCCGAGGCCUUUACCCGCAUGGGGAUCCAGCCACCUAAAGGAGUCCUGCUGUAUGGGCCGCCAGGCUGCUCCAAAACCAUGAUAGCCAAAGCCUUGGCUAAUGAAAGUGGGCUCAACUUUCUGGCUAUUAAAGGUCCUGAAUUACUGAGCAAGUAUGUUGGGGAGUCUGAAAGAGCAGUUCGAGAGGUGUUUCGGAAAGCAAGGGCCGUUGCUCCCUCCAUCAUCUUCUUUGAUGAGAUCGAUGCUCUGGCCAGCGAAAGAGGAAGCUCUGCGGGUUCAGGCAGUGUAGGUGACCGGGUUCUGGCUCAGCUCCUGACAGAGAUGGACGGCAUUGAGCAGCUCCGAGAUGUCACCGUGCUGGCCGCCACCAACCGACCUGACAUGAUUGAUAAGGCUUUGAUGCGUCCAGGCCGCCUUGACAGGAUUGUCUAUGUUCCUCUUCCCGACGGUCCGACCAGAUGGGAGAUAUUUUCCCUGCAGUUCCGUAACAUGCCCGUAGCAGAGAACGUUUCCCUCGAUGAGCUGGUCACUCGGACCAACAAGUACUCAGGAGCAGAAAUAACAGCAGUAUGCAGAGAGGCCGCCCUCCUGGCCCUGCAGGAGGACAUCAAAGCUGCACACAUCGAGGCCAGACACUUUGAAAGUGCCCUGAACACGGUGAAGCCUCGGAUCCCCGACUCGCUCGUCCAGUCGUACGUCAGCUAUCAGCAGCAGCACAGCGGCUUCUGUUUCUUCUGACAACGCCACUCUGGACUCUAACACUGCAGUAGCACACAUCUUCACUUGCAUUCUAUGUAUUGAAUUUUGAUCCUAAUGGAUUGACACAAAAUAAAACUGGAUAUUUUGUGACUGUCA